AUGACCGACAACGACACCUCACGCGGCAGGUCCGCAGGGCGUAAGCCGGCCAAAAAGCGGAGAUUAUCCUCCAAGCGCAGGUUCUCCUUCACCUGGACAUCGAGCGAUCCGGUACCAACAUCAGAAACUGAUUCCAUAGAUUACACCCCAUUUCUUCCGUCACCUCCCUCCGUCUCUGAAGCUCCUCGGCCUACUUCGGAAGAUAUCUUUCCACUUCACAACCGUACGGACCGGUUUCGGCCACCGAGUCCUCCAUUGCUCACGCCCAAACAGAGCGCUCAACGUUACCUUCGCGUCGCCCGCCUCGCACUCCUCUAUCGACUCGGUCAUCACCAUCCGCUUAUGACUCGUGUCAGGUUGAACGGUUCGCUAAAACCUACUGCUUUCCAGACAUAUGGAGGCUCGUCUCCUACUGGGAACAUGCUUCAACGACCAAGACCAACUUCCUUAGCUGAGAAGACGAGACGAGGAGCGCAGCGCAGAAGCAAACUGUCCAACGAGGUUCGAGGCGACGAUCAGGACAAUAGCCUAGAGCUGAGUUUUGACGAGCUUCUUGUGAGCACUUGCUCAACUACACAGCUCGUCGAGGCGUACAUCAAACAGGCAGAGAAGGAGGAAAUGGAGCGGAUGAAGGCACAGAGGAAAGAGGCGAAAAGGGCAAAUGCACAGCUCGAAAAGGGGAUUCGCAGUCUGAACGAGAUACUUCAUCAGUCUGCUGUUUUGACAGGUGAGAUGGAGGAGGACAUGAUGUUCCCAAUGGAGGUCGGGAUAGCUAUAUAG